AUGGUCUUGAUAAGAUCACGCCAUUUAACAUUAGACAUGGCUGAAAAGACAAAGUUUCUUGGAUUAAUAGACAAGGUUUAUCCAGAUGUUUUUAAUCUAUGUCCACCUGAUGUUAACGAAAGAAAGCCUGGACAACUGCCCUACUCAGAAAUCCAGAAAUUCUAUGACGAGGGAUAUAUCGUUGUCAAAGAUUUCUUCACACCAGAAGAAUUAGAACCAUGUCGUCAGGCCAUAGAAGGUAUGGUGGAACAGUUGGCACAAAAACUUUAUAAAGCGGGAAAAAUAAAACAUUUAUAUAGUGAGUAUGGUCUGUUUCAAAGGUUGACUAAACUGGAGGAAGAACAUCCUGGUUCAAACAUAUUAUUGUUUAAAUAUCAAAAAAUACCAAAGUCGUUUAGAGAUAUUUGGUCCAAUGAUCGAAUGUUAAAUCUGCUAGAACAGAUAUUAGGACCUGAUGUUGCAGGACAUCCAACAUGGAACCUCCGGACAAAAACACCUAAAAGUGAAGCCGUUAAUAUACCCUGGCACCAAGAUAGUGGAUAUUUUAGUUGGGAAAGUUAUGAUCAUUUGAUAGCGACAGCCUGGAUACCAUUCCUUGACGCCGUUCCAGAAAAUGGGUGUAUGCAGAUGGCUAAAAAUGGCCACAAAAGUGGUAAAGUUGCUAAGCAUACCUGUUGUGUGGGCCCAACCUGGUAUAUACAACUUGAAGAAGAAGAGAUGGCUAAAACCUUAGGCGUGAAUCUUGAGAAGGAUGUGAAAAUCGAACCUGUACCGUAUGGUGGAUUCAUUUUAUUUCACAACCUUACUCCUCAUAGAAGUUUGAUCAAUGUAUCCAAUGAUAUAAGAUGGAGUGUGGAUCUAAGAUGGCAGUCACCACAUUAUGAUAUGGGAUUCUAUAACAUAGGGGAUGGUAUUGUCUUCAGAUCUAAAAAUGAUCCACAACUAAAACCGGAUUGGGACAAGUUUCUAUCGGUUGAUAGGAAGGUCAUGUGGCAAAAAACACAUAUGGUUGAUUAUGAUCCCAACGAUGAAUUUGAUUCUCGGUUGACUGGUCCAUGGAUUGGAAAGUGGGAAAUCGUCAAUCACAAUCGACACACACAAGCUUUUAAAUUUACACAAUAAAACUGCUUUUCUGAAUACCAAUGAUAAAGUGUUAGUUCAUGUAUUUGAUUGAGUUCUAAAUGGAAAGCUAAGAAUUUUACCCAAUAGACGAUUCAUGGUGUAUUAAAGACAAGUAAAAUGAAAUUUGAACUAUAAAAACGAAACGAAAUAGGAUCUGUGUUUUAAUCAGCUUGCCUAAUGCCCACUGUUAGUUUGGUGUAGGCAGAUAUUGUCAUUUUUCCAGUAACUGUAUAGAAAGGAUUAGUUAUUUCUUUGCGUGUCAUAUUCGUAUUCUUCGGCGACGCCAUUGCUAUGGUCAUAACCCAGUGGCGGGAAACAUGCUCGUGUCCACAUCUGAUUUAAAUCGAUUAGUAAAUUGAUACCACUAAUAUGUACUAAGCAUCUGUUAUUUGAACCAUUCAUAACAUA